CCUGCUUAACCAUUGGUUGUUGCUGUAGUGGGCUCCACCCACAAGCAGCCACCUGUCAGCUACCGUUUCUCAGGAACACAGCCGAGGAUCUGUUGGUGGAGUAGUGAUCUGUGGAGUGGUGGUCCUCAGGUGCAGAGUGCGGUGAGGAAGUAUUUUCCAAACUGAAGGAGAUUGAGGGUGCCAUCACAUGCAAAAGUCAUGGAGACGGGAACAUGCAAGACAUGAGCAGCAGGAUGGCAAGAUCUUCUGUGUAGUUAAAGCCCAGGAGCCAGAAUUGAUAUCUGGAAGUGAGCCUGGAAAGAAAAGUGGAGCCAAAGCACGAGGAACUUCAUAUGCUAUUCUUGGAAGGGUCCUUCAGGAUUUGGAAACUAUUCUAGUUGUGGCAACUUUUGUGGAGUCAUUUUGGAAACUGCUAGAAGCAUCCUGGAGCCAGCUUGCUUGUGCCCUGAUGUGCUGAUGGCAGGUGCCCAUGGCUGGUGACAGAAGAAGUUUUUAUUUAGCAAUUAGAAAUGGAGUCAGCAUAUCUUCAAAAGUUUCUUGGGACAUGUCUAACUGAAGGUCUUGCAGAAGUGGCAAGGAUGCGUCCAGUGGAUCCAAUAGAAUAUUUAGCACUGUGGAUUUAUAAGUAUAAGAAAAAUGUGACCAUGGAGAAACAGAGACAAGAGGAAAUGGCCCAAUUGGAGCAUGAAAGAGAAGUAGCUUUGAUGGAGCAGGAGAUGAUGGAGAGACUUAAAGCAGAGGAGCUUCUCUUCCAGCAGCAACAGCUGGAAUUCCAGCUGGAGUUGGAAGAGCAAGAAAAGGAGAGACAGAGAAUAGAAGAACUGCAGAGAGCUCAAGAACAAUCUGAGAAGGAGUUGAGAAUGAGCAUGGAAAAUAUGGCUAAGGAAGAUAUUUUACAUGGAGAGGAUGGAGCCGACUCAGGCAAAACACUGGCUGAAAUUAGUGAUCGAUAUGGGGCCCCAAACUUGAGCAGAGUGGAAGAACUCGACGAACCAAUGCUCUCUGACGUUGCAUUAAACAUUGAUCAAGAUUUGUAGACUCAACCAAAGAACAAUACAUUUUUCUUCUUGUUUCAAGUUUCAAAAUAGGAGGUCUCCGGUUGUAUUUUUUUCCCUCCAAACUUGUACUCUGCUUUUCCUCCCUCUAACCACAGCUUUAUAAAUGAGUUUCAAGUGUGGCCUUAAAA